GCGUCAGUCGCAGGUUCACCGACUGAUGAUGGACACAGUGAAUUGGAUUUUAAAUGUUUAUUAUUAUAGAGAUAUUUGUAAAAAUAGGCCAACUAUCGAUGCUGGUCAUACACUAAGAAUAUUAACCCCCGAGUGGGUUUUGAAUAGUAUUAGCUUGUGUGAUUGUAUAGCAAGCUAUCAACAGGAUACAUAAUCUAGCUAGCCAUGGUUCUAAUGAUGGAAUCGCAAUGUGAGUAUUUUAUGUAUUUCCCUGCGGUUCCCAUCACGGACCUGUCCGACCCGUCAAAAUACCGAACUCUCCCCCGGCGCAGUCACCUCUACCUCGGCGAAACGGUACAGUUCUUGCUGGUCCUGCGGUCCAGAGAUGGAGCGUCGGGCUCGAGCGGGACAAAGGGAAGCGGGUCAGGUGACAGCGGUACCCGGGCUUGGAAGGAGCUGGUAGGGUCCCUCUCCGCUGUAGCAAGUGUCUGCCCCGGAGAGAGCCGACAUCGCUCCCAACUUCACCCCCACGAGUUCCAGAGAAGCUACAGCGACGACUGUGUAGACGAGGAUCCCGACGACGUUGACUUUGCUGCGGGAACAGUCCACACAGCCAGAAGGGAGUCAAGGAACCGACGUUUCAGAGAAUGCAAGCCGCUUCUCAUACACAAUAAUACGGGGCGUGAUGGACGGCAGUAUCGGCGCGCACCGGUUCGGUCACCCAUGGACGAGCCAGUGGUAUUGAACGAGGAGGUCAUAUUCCCUCUGACCGUCUCAUUGGACAAACUCCCCGUCAACACACUCAAGGUCAAGGUCAUAGUGACCGUGUGGAAGCAGGAGGAGGAAAAGGCAGAGAUCAGGGAACAUGGUUACCUCACCAUCCUACAGCUGAGGAGRCCCACACACACCUUCAGACAAGACCUUAAUACCUUCAAAGCCCAGGUCAGCACCACGUUGAGUGUUCUUCCUCCACCAACUGUGAAAUGUCAACAGAUUACCGUCUCCGGGAAGCACCUGACCAUCCUCAAAGUAUUAAACUCCAGUUCUCAGGAGGAGGUCUGUGUGAGGGAUGUGAGAAUCAUUCCUAACUUCAAUGCGUCCUACCUCCCCAUGAUGCCUGAUGGCUCUGUGCUUCUGGUGGACAAUGUCUGCCACCAAUCAGCAGAGAUUGGAAUGGCGUCGUUCCACAGGAUGAACAGUAGCUCCUCUCACCUUCCCAGCAUGCUCUCUGCCCUGGAGGAGCAGAACUUCCUGUUUCAGCUGCAGCUCAGGGACCAGCCGGHGGAAGAGAGCAACGAGGGUCUGGAGGUUCCUUUGGUAGCUGUGCUGCAGUGGUCCACCCCUAAACUUCCCUUUACCAGUCCCUUCUCCAGGUACCAUCUCACCCACUACCAGCUGCCCAGCGUGAGACUGGCCCAACCCCGGCUGGUUAUGACAGCUUCCUGUCCCAGUGCUGUGCAGCUCCAGGAGCACUUCCGGGUCAAAUACACCCUACUAAACAACCUGCAAGACUUCCUGGCUGUAAGACUGGUCUGGACGCCCGAAGGUCGUGGUCGUCAGGAGGACCCCUCUGUCAGUUCUGUGGUAUGUCAUUCCCCCCUUAACAACCUGGGCCAGUGUCGGAAAGGAUCCACCCUCUCCUUUACUGUCGGCUUCCAGAUACUCAAGGCAGGACUCUUCGAGUUAAGCCAGCACAUGAAGCUGAAGCUUCAGUUCACAGCGUCCUGUUCCAACCCACCUGCUGAGGCCAGGCCCAUGUCUCUGUCCCUGUCCAGGAAGAACUCUCCCUCCAGCCCUGCUGUCAGAGACCUGCUGGACAGACAGAGUCUGGGAAGAUCACAGUCCUUCUCUCACCAACAGCCAUCACGGUCGCAUCUUAUGAGGACGGGCAGUGUGAUGGAGCGCAGGGCCAUCACCCCUCCAGUGGGAUCCCCAGUGGGUCGACCCCUCUACCUCCCCCCCGAUCAGCCGGUCCUCUCACUGGACAAGAUCGCCAAGAGAGAGUGUAAGGUACUGGUGCUGGAACCUGGAAGAGACUGAGAGACAAGGCGAGAGACAGGGAGAGGUGGAGGAAGAGAGGGGAGUGCUGGUGCUUGAGCCAGGUAGAAACAAUGAGACUGUGAAGAUGGGAGGGAGUGAAGGAAGGGAGGAAGAAGGGAGACAUAGAUAGAAAAAGGGAGAGAGAGAGAGAGAGACAUCUCUCAUGCUGAACAUUUCCUACAUCCUACAAGGCAGGCAUGAACAAUGAUUUACCAGACAGACAGAUAGACAAUCUGUCAGACACUGAAUGAUUGACUGUACGUGAGCCACGUCAUUUGAAGACACUGGAGAAAUUACUUUCAACAACACCAUUUCACAUUUUUAUCUCGACAACAUUUGAAGUUUUUAUGCCACUGUAAUGUCAACAUUCCAUUUCAUUCCUUGUUUUAUUCCUUGUGUAAUGCUGUAAUUUAAUGUGUAAAUAAUUGUUAAGGUUUUGAACAGGGUGAAGACAGAACCAGACUAUUUGUAGAAACAUUUUGGGAACUUUUUCACUGAAGAUUACUGUGUUUACCGUACAGGGUUAUGGUAAUAGCCAAUACCUUGUUAAUACAUAUUGUUAUACACUGGUAUACAUUUAACACAGUAUAUGUAAUGUAAUACUUGGAUGUUCAUUUUGUUAGUGAAAAACUGGAUUAUGUUAGUGAAAAACUGGAUUAUGUUGUGAAAAACUGGAUUUUAUUAUUGAGAAACAGGAUUAUGUUAGUGAAAAACUAGAUUAUGUUAGUGAAAAACUGGAUUUUAUUAUUGAAAAACAGGAUUUUGUUACUGAAAAACUGGAUUUUCUUAGUUUACACACUGUUAGAUAAACUUAUCUCAUGUGAUGGAUGUCAAACUUGUGAUAAAAAAAGCAGCAGGAGACCACAGGGAAAGGGUUGAGGUCUGUUGCAUUGUGGAAUAACUCUAGCCUGGUCUCAGAUCUGUUUGCGCUGUCUUCACAACUCCUAUGGUCAAUGUCACGAUAGGAAUUGGCAAGACAGCACAGACAGAUCUGGGACCAGGCUAGAUCUGUUUCACCCGUGGAUAGUGUCAUCGGGUUCACUCUUAUUAGAAUGGGUUGUAUUUUAGUGGCUUGGAGCCACACAGUCUCUACACUGUAUUUAGUAGUUAAUAAGUAUUCUACCAGAGAUGUUUUUAGCAGCAUUUGCUACUGCUUAAUAGUCUUAAAAUUGCGUAUACACACUCCUUAGUACAUUCCAGAGUACACAUAUUGUACAUAGAAGGACAUACUCCGUAACACACAUUUCAUAGUCCACAUUCCAUGAUAGGGAACAAUCCUUUCACAUCAUUUGCCUUUCCCUUGUUAUACUGCUGUUCGCCCUACUCCCUAUAAAGUGCACUACUUAUGGACCCUGGUCAAAAGUAGUGGACUAAAUAGGGAAUAGGGUGCCAUUUGGGAUACGGCCUUACACUGUUGUUCACCACUGUUAAAACUUUGAUUACACUGGUUGAUCCUGUUGAUUGUUGUUGUUAUGCCAUUCAUUCCCACCUUACCUUAUUAUUAGGGAUUUAGUCCUGGGUAACAAUCCAGAAUAGUGGAUUAUUUAGAAGUCGUAACGUCCGUUACUGUAGCUACGUUUUCAACUGUUUACAUUUGUGUUGAGAACAUUGAACAAUGGUGUGUGUGUGUGCAGGUGUGUGUGCAUGCAUAAGUGUGUGUGUGUGUAUGUUUGUGCCCCUGAAGCAUUUGUUGUAACUUUUUUGUAUGUUUGUCUCAAAUAUUAUUUUAUUUCCUGGUUCAAUUGCCAAUGGAAAUGACCAAUGGGUCUUUAUCCCUGAUGUAAAUUACAAUGUGAGGUUGGGGACAUUUCAAACGAUCAGAUUUUUUUUUUUUACUGUGUGUCAAAAGCCCGGUUUAUACCUGGCUCUAACAUGCAUCCUUUGUCCUGAUCCUGUCCACAUUUUGAUUGUGCCCACAUUUUUAGACAGGUGUUGACAAUCAAAAGACACAUUGUGAUCUGAUUGUAAUCAGAUCAUCCUGCCCACCUCCGGAGGUAGUCAYGCACGCAUUGUGUCUUUAUAUCUUACAAGUGUAGACAGAUCUGGACAGAGAAACCAUUUUAGUACAUUAUUCCACCCGUUAAAAUCAUUGACAGGUGGCACCAUUGACUGAUUACAUCAAUAUGUGUCUUACAAUAAAUAAAUACAUCUUAUUUUGAGUAGUGUAAUAAUUUGCAGAAAGGAUAGGAUCAGGAAAUGUGGUCACAAUGCAGACACAUUGGAUGGAUAACAGACACAUUUUAAUACCAUGUGUAGACACAUUUCUGGAAAUGUGUGCACAUAUAGAAUGUAGACAAGAUCAGGACAAAGGACCCAUGUUAACACCAGGUAUAAACGGGGCUUAUUAUGCCUUGUUUUCCCUGGACACAAAGUACUUGCUUGUGUAUUCUUUGUUUAAUUUAGAUGUUUUUAUCUCUAUAUCUUCACAUGAAGUCAAGAAAUAGAUGUACCCAAGACUGUGUGUGCAGAGGAUGUGUGUGAUUUAGUUUCUGAUGUUUCAUUUUGUUUAGAUGUUUGAUUUCCUUCAGCCUGGAAUUGAACUGAAAAACAAAACCAUUCCAACUCAAUUUUCAUUGUUCCCGAACACUUGAUGAACAAAAGUUUGGUCACAAACAUUUCCAUUCCUUUCCUCUGUGAUUUUAAAACAAUGUAUUAUAUUACUACUUGGACCAAAGUAGCUCACAAUAUGAUUGUUUAUGUAUAUUAGUGACUUAUUUUUAACAGUCAUUGUUGUUAAGCACUUGAAUUGAUUAUAAUUGUAUUGUCCUUGGUUCUUUGGACACACAAACAACAAAUGCAGUUGAUUGUGUCACAGAUGUACUGUGGCACGUUGUUUGCUAGCAGUCUCACUGGCCUUAUUUUAGAUGCCUCGAAUACAAACGUCUGUCAGGGAAAASUGUUGGGGGAAAAAUAGUUUUGAGUCACUCCUCGUUUGUUGCACUCUUGAAAUGUGAAAUAAAUACAGUUGGAGCGAUUGGGAA